CUUUUUAUUCCUACUCUUGUGACUGCUAUUGGCAAGUGAAUAUCAAGUCUCACAAUUUUCUAUAAGUUUUAAUUGAUAUCUCUAUGAAAUGGAACUGGCAAGACAAUUAUUUCUUUCAAUUAUCUUAAUUUUAUCCCUCGUUACAGUUUUCUCAUUGAACUGCAAACUGGGAGAAUGUUUAUGUUCGUUUAGCCAAUGUAUUAUUUCCGAAACAAAUCCAAUAAAUCAAAAACAAUUGGUAAUUAAUUGUUGUGAAAGCAGCAAAAACGAAUCGGCAAAUACUUUGAGCCGCAAGCACUGUUCGAAUGGCUAUUCAUUUUUUAAUUUACAAAAUUGUACGAGAAAACUUAGUAGCGAUUGCAGAAGAAAUAUUCUGAUCUACAUGUCACGGGCUUUAUUUGAUAUAGUUAACUUUUUUGGAGAAGUCGAAUCCGCGUUAAAAGAAAGUGAAGAAUCACAUAAUUGUGAAGAAUUUAUAGAAAACGUUAUUAAUUACAAUAACGGCUAA